UGUGCAUCAAUGCAUUCACUGUUGCUACCUCCUGCCAGUUGAAGCUCCUCGCAUUUGUUCUCCAUCGUCACGGGGUUUGAUGGGCUUUUGACGUGCGAGCGUUGGCAGUCGCUUCCCGUCUGGCCGCGAGGUCUCAGUUGCCUCGUCGCCGCUCGUCCCAACCAGUGACGACACCUUUUUGAUGGGGAAAAGCAGCCGAUGCCUUUCUUGCUUUACUUCACUUUGCAACUUGCGCUGCGUGGAGAUGCACAUCACUGCCGCCGCUCCGAGGACCACAAUGCUCAAGCACGAGCCAUCACCAGAGCCGACCUUCCACCUACCGGACCUUUUGAACGACCACGCAGGAGCGGAUGCAGCGACGAUCGUCGGCUGGCCGUUGGCCCCACCUCCGAAUCUUCUCGGCUCGACGUCGUCUGCGCAAGCGACAGUAUCAAGUCCUUCACCAGCAACCGUGGUAAACUGCGUUACGUCAACACCAGAGGCGGUAGCUCUACCUGGCUUCCAGCCCAAGCGCCUCAACUGGACACGUCGACUGGUGAUCACCAAGCAGCCUGCAUCGGAGUUCUACAAGGACGAAGGUGGCAAGGCUAAUGCGCUUGAAGUGGAAGUGACACUGGUGGAGUUUAACGAGCUAGGAGAGCCUGCUCGAACCCCUGACAAUGACUUCACUGACAUACCAUUACGCAUCUUGCUCUUCUUCGAGUCUGGAAGGCGCGUAGAUGACACAGAUCAAGAAAUCUUCCGCUUCGUGGGCAACGACUACGACUCGGUGGUCAUUCGAAAGGCAACACGCAAGGCUUCGGUGCAGUUCCGUCUCGAGAAAGUGAGUCGUCGAAAGGACGGACAAAGAUUCAAGCUGCGCAUCGAGGUGGACCAAGAGCAAUGCACCGCCAACGUUGCAGAUCUCACGCCAGUCUUCACGAAUGCGAUUUGCGUUUUGUCCAAGCGGAAACACCCGAGUUCGUACAACUCCGACUCAUCUACGCGAGCGAAGGAGCCCCCUCCCAAGUUGCUGAAACGAGGUACUAUUGCAUAUCAAACUGCGGUCAUGUAUCAACAUGACUAAUUUGACAUGCUGCAGAUUUGACGAUGCUAGAGGUGAGACUGAGCCGGAAGAUUGAUGGACUCGCGACCCAGCUUCACCACUUAAGCCAGCUCGUGCAGAAGCAGAAUGAACUUCUCGCCAAGCAGCAGCACAUGCCUCUUGUUCCUCCUCCGAUAAUGCACUGCCCACCUAGUGAUAGUUCGAUACUCGAAUUGCUGCUUCGGUCUAAUACUGUCGAGGAUGGUCCAUGGCCCAAGCCAGGGAUCGAGCCGCAGAUACUCCCUAGCACUGUCAUGCCCUACUUUGAAGUCGCGGACGAGUCGUUCCAUAGCUCGGAAGCAGAACUCACACCAGCGUUCAUCCCCCCUCCGGCCUCGACUACAGUUACAACUCCAUCGGACACGCGAACCAGCGAGACAACGACACCUUCACUACCAUUCGGAGACAUCUGAGCGAUAAGUACUGCCUCAUUUUCGCUUCCGAUCGACUACUCGGCUAGCUUGAAAAUACAAUUGAGGCCCCCGCUUUGACGGCCUCUUUUUCAUUUGUAAAAUUAA